AUGAUUUCCUUCCAGAGGCUGGCUGCAAUGACCCAAGGAGUAGGCAAAGAUGAUCAUGAUCAAGCAGCUGCUCCGUCUACAGAUGCCGCCCUGUACACAGGUGCAGCAGCCUAUAUGCCUGGUUACGCCGGUUGGCCAAACUAUUAUCAGCAAUUUGGACAGCCCUUAGCUCCAGCAGCGUUUUCUGCUUGGCCUCCACAAUGCUAUGCUGCUCCACACUGGCCGAACUAUGCUGCGUCGAAAAAAGGCAGACAAACGUACCAGCGAUACCAGACGAGUGUGCUCGAGCAGAAAUUUCAACAAUCGAGUUAUGUGAGCAAGAAGCAACGUGAAGAACUGCGACUACAGACCAACUUGACCGAUCGACAAAUUAAGAUCUGGUUUCAAAAUCGACGGAUGAAAGCCAAGAAGGAAAAGCAACGGAUAGACGAUCAUGGCGAACAUGCGCCACUUCUACCAGCCAAUCCACCGAAAAACCUUCUAGAAGACGAUGAUAAGAAAUGGCAUAUGGGUGCAACACAGCAGGCCACCGCAUGGCCUCCAGCACCUCCGCAUCCCUACCAGUAUCCAUUAUGUCCCCCCUGA